AUGCCCAGAACAUGCAUCAUGUCCCUCAUCCUAUCGGACAGAGAGGUGGGAAGGAUAAGGAUUUCCGGGAAAAUGGACAAGACGGUGAUCGUCGUCUCCGCCGUCGUCGGGUCCCUGGGGUUGCUGAGCGCCAUUCUGGGAUUCGCCGCCGAGAGCACAAAGAUCACUAUUUCGGACGUGCGGGUUUCCGGCGACGAGUGCCUGUACCCGCAGAACCCCUCGCUAAGGCUGGGGCUCUGCGCCGCCGUAUUGCUGCUUCUGGCGCAGGUCACCGUGUCCGCCAUCGGCGGCUGCGGCUGCUGCUGCGGCAACGGCAAGCCCCGCGGCAUCCCGUCCUCCAAGACCAACCGGGUCGUCGGCAUCGUCUUCGCCGUUGCCUCAUGGAUAGCGGCGGUGAUCGCCGUAGUGCUGUUCGUGGAGGGGGCGGCGUGGAACGCCAACGUGGCGAGGGACACCGCGCCGGUGUGCUACUUCCUCAAGGACGGCGUCUUCGCGGCCGCGGCCGUGCUGGCCCUCGCCGCCACGGCGCUCGGUGUCGCCUCCUACGUCAUGCUCCGCAGGCAGCUGCCCGACGACGACGACGACGCACCGGCGGGCGCGGUCGCGUCCUGGAGGCAGCCGCUGCUGCACUCCGGGAUCGCGAUGGGCCACCCGCAGUUCCCGCCGCAUCCUCAAUGGCAUUCGCAGGUUUAGCACGGUGUCAACCGCGGAUGAAUCGGAACAGCCUACGUGUGAAGUCAAACCAGAGAGUUCAAUCUGAAUCGAGCUGGAUGCGGCUAGAGAACUACUGAUUCAUACUCGACUGCGGGUCCAUCGACUUAGUCGAGUCAAACAUAAACAGUAGUAGUAGAAAUCCAGUAGUCGAUCAUUUUCCAUCUUGAACUUUGCUUGAUGUAUCAAUUACUCUGCAAUCACAUGUCCACACCCUAAGCAAACAAGAUUGUGAAUAAUAUCGUAGAAAUUAAAGGGAUCCUAAUGGAGAGGUUUGAUAAUUUGAAGUAA